AUGAAGACCUUCGCUGCCGCUACCAUCAUCGCUCUGGCCUCCGUUGCCACCGCCCAGCUCUCAAACAUUCCCUCUUGCGCCUUGAACUGCUUCUUGGAGCCUCUCUCCUCGGACGGCUGCUCCGAUCUCCAGGACUUCGCCUGCCACUGUCAGAAGGCCGACACUCUCUUCGCUGCCGUCACGCCCUGCGUCCAGGGAGCAUGCUCUGCUGAGGAUCAGGCUACCGUCAUCUCCGCGGUUGAGGAGACGUGCGCGCAGGCCGGCGUCACCAUCGACGUCCCGACCCCGGGUGGCAGCAGCACUCCCGCGCCGUCCAGCACUGAGGCCGCAUCCAGCGCCCCUGCCUCCGAGACCCCGGCCCCGACCUCUGAGGCUACCCCAGAGACCAGCGCCGAGGCUUCGUCUGCUGGCUCCAGCGUGAUCCCUACGCCUACCGGCAACGUCACUACCCCCACUGGCACUGCUUCGCCGACCGUCUCCGAGUUCCCUGGUGUCGCUCCUCGCAUGACCCAGGCUGCUGGUCUGCUCGGCGCUGCUGCCAUCGCUCUCUUUGCCUUGUAA